AUGAACCCUUUGCAACAUAAAUCGCACGAACAAGUUAUCGUCAAAUUGAUCGCAUCUCAUAUUUUAGAAACAAAUUCAAGAGUGGUACCAUGGAAUGAAUUAGACGAUAUGUCAAAAAUUGGAGAAGGAAGUUUUGGUGAAGUUGCGGCUGGUAUGCAAUUAUCACAUGACUAA